CUGAUAUUAACCAUUCUACCUGCAAAUUUUCAUGCCUUGUUGAAUUAUUGUUUUGUGUUCUAGUAGUGUUCCACGGCAUUUUGAUUGAAGCUUAAAGAGCAUGAAUGUAUACUUCAGGAUUUUGUCAACGAUCUUUAAUUGAUUAAAUCUCUUAAGCAACAAUUGUUAAGAUGUGAAUUUGCUAUGAAGAAAGCAAUCACUUAGUUGCAAGUUAUGAUAGUAGUUAUUGUUCUUUGUUGGUGUAUUGUUUUGUCUGUUCUUAUUGUUCUUUGUUUGUGUAUUGUUUUUUUUUUACAGGGCGAGUACUAAAGACUGUUGCCGCAUCCCAAAGGUUGUUUCUUUUUUCAGUUUUUGUUUAUUAUUUCGAUAAGAUGGCGAUCUAUCUGACGGCAGGAGCAGUUGAGAAACUUGCUAAUGGAGAUGUGAGGUCCGAAAUACAAAUGAUGCCGGUGCUGCAUGUGUUGAAAUCGACGAUUGUUGUGGUUAACAGACGUGAAGCGGCUGUGUUGUGGUUAACAGACGGGCAGGGGCAUGAGAUACGGGCAUUACUUAAGGGUGAUCUGAGCUUGGUGAAAGACAAGAUUGUUGGAUCCGGUAGUAAUAUUCAGCUCCUUCAAUUCACCACUGGAACCACUCGAGUUUUCCCGGUGCAAAGGUUUGUUAGUAUUAUUGCUGCGAAUGUGAUAUUAUCUAGUUCUGAUGUAAUUGGACAACCUCAUUCUGAUGUAAUUGGACAACCUCAAGGUCCUCAACAGAAUUUCGAUGUGGAACCUCUUGUUGCUAAUACACAAGAGAGUAAUAGUGUUAAACCUCUUGUUGCGGACGAGCUGAAGAUCUUUCGCAAUAGAAUUAAAGAUGCUAAGGCUUUCGUUUGUGAUACUAGAACCACAAAAGAUGGUAUUCGGGCUGCAAUAAGGUGUUUUGACAUGAUAAUAACUAAAUUUAACAUGUUAUUAUCGGAUCUGCGUGUUCCUCUUGAGGAGCCUAGAGCACUCCCUUCAAAUGAUGACUCGGAGGACUUAUACAUGGAUCAACUCCGGUUAAACGCUAGUAGCCUCAUCUAGUUCUUUAUGAAGUGGAUUGUUCCUCAAUUGUUGGAGUUAUUCCAUUCUACUACCUACGUGCCUGAACUCAAUAAAAUCCAAAGUGUUGUAGAUGGAUGUAGUAUCUCAGUUUAUCGUCUUACAACGGAGGGUUUCGACUGCAAAAAGGAUGAAGAUAAGGAUUUUGAAUGGUUUCCGUGAGAAGGAAGAAUGUAGUUCCUUUUUUAAUCAAAACUUGUCAAUGCUUGUUAGCAUUCUCUAAUUUUUUUAAAGUAGUAUUGUAUUCUCUCGUAGACUCGUACUAUAUUCUCUAAUCCUGCUAGUUUUAAUGUAGUAC